CUUAUCCAAGUUCGACUCAGCUGAGUUUUGUUUAUAAUAAAUACGAACCUGAAUAGUCGAACCCACCUGCACCUGACCUGCCAAAAAAAAAAAAUACAAAAAAAACAUAACCUCAAAGAUAAACACGUACCCAAUUUUCUUCAAACAAAAUUAAAAACAUUAAAAAUGUCCGCUAUAGACAGAGUUAGAAUAUUAGUAUUAGGAGAUUCAGGUGUAGGUAAAACAUCCUUCGUUCAUUUAGCCGCACACAACGAACCACUCAGGUCCCCAAGUUGGACCGUUGGUUGCUCAGUAGAAGUAAAAUUACAUGAAUACAAAGAGGGCAUGAAGGAACAGAAAACUUUUUUCAUAGAAUUCUGGGACAUCGGAGGAAGCCAUUCUCAUAGAAAUUCUAGACCAGUGUUCUACAAUCCUUGUCACGGUGCGAUACUGGUACACGAUUUAACGAAUGGUAAAUCAGAAAAAAAUUUACACAAAUGGGUUCGAGAAAUCGGAAGAAAUAAAAGAGAACGAAAAGAAUCAAAUAGUCUUAGUAUAGUAUCUAGUUCAUCACUCCUAGUUAAUGAAUUUGAUCAAGAAAGUUUCAUAGGCAACACUUUGAUUCCAUAUAUUGUGAUAGGUACAAAAUUAGACCAAUUAGAUGCUCGUAAGACUCGUCUAGAAAUCAUGGCAAGCCAUUUAGGAUGUGAUGAAAUUGUAAUGGAUUGUAGACAAACGAGGUAUUUGGCAGCAGGUACUUCAAAUGCAGUCAAACUCUCCAGGUUUUAUGACAAAGCUAUUGAAAUGAGAUCUAAAAGCCACAAAGAUUCCUUUACUGAGAGAUUUGGGGAUCCUAUUUCACCAAUUUUGUCUACAAAAUUUUAUUCUCCCCAUCAGGACUGAUUAUUUUAUAUUUGUAUUAUUAAAAUAAAAAUCUACAUUCCUAUUAUUCAAUUUGGGUGUUGAUUUUAGAUAUAUUAACUAAAAUAAAUUAUUAAUUCGAAAACAAUGUUUAUUUUUCCUCAGAAUAUAAAUAAAUCUUAACUUUCAGUGUAUAGAGCAUAAUUAGAACUCCUUAUACAUCACUUGUCCCAACAUCUCACAAAACCGUAAUAUUACGGUCAUCGUCAUAAAUAAAAACCGUUCGACUUUGGGCUUUAUUGAUAGGUUUUUAUUUACUGCGCAUGACGAUGCCGUAAUAUUACGGUUUUGUGAGAAGUUGGG